CCAGAGUCAGGCUACUGUCCAAUCCAUUCGAGUUACCAAGUCACUUGUCUUCUUCACCUCCAAACCUUCCGCGAUCGCCAACCACCGUGACGAUGGCACAUUCAAAAGUGAUGCUAACGAACGGCACUUUACCAUCCGCUCGACUCGACCGACUUUGUGCAGCACACCCAUUCACUCAGCAGCUUGACAUCGUGUUCCCUGCUUCCGAUGAACUCGAGAAGGCGCUUACAUCCCUGAAGCCCACAUACUGUAAAAGACGUUGUACGCUAUCGGAGUUCCUUGAUUUUGCCUCCAAGAGUCCAGGCGGGAAUAUAACUGCACUGCCAUCCACUUCCGAGUGCGUCGAUACAUGGUGUAUCGACCCUAGAAGCGUCCUCACCCUCUGCGUCUCAAAGUCAUUGUACGAGCAACUCGGGUUGAUUGGGAAGAGACUCCCUUUCAAAGGGUGUCCUGAGCAGUACGUGAUACGCAUACCGGUUAUGCAAGAGACCGUAUCUGUUGCUGUACGUGCGAAGCAAAAGGCAGCUCUAAAACUCUGGGACGAGCUUCGGGAGAACGGGCCCGGGAAAUGGGAAGUUUUGUAUUGUCAAGCAGGUGUACACCCAGUGAUCUCCGAAUCGCACGAGGGGGUGAUCGUUCAGCCUCGAAUCUGUCGUUCGACCGAUAUACAUGUCCCAGUCCCGGCACUUGCUCCCUUUCCAGAUGAAAGCACAGAGGAUUGGGAUGAAUAUAUCGGUGACCUUUUUGAAUGGGUGGGCAUGGCUUGCUUAGGAGCUCAAAGACUCAAAGCGAAUGACCGUGUCAAUCCUUACGUUGCUGUCUAUGAAGUUCCCGCUCCUUCAUAUAUUGGCGACGUGACACAGAUAAGAUGGGCGGCUUUCCUUCAGCAAUCGUUCAUAAAAGAUGCUCUGGACAUGGUGACGUCGCAUUUGGCAUCUGCAACCGAUAACCACGCGUUCGUUGCAAUGACGAGACACGGUUGUUGCACAUCACCUGUUGGCGCCAUCCCGUUGUCCUCGGCUCCUGAUACUUCUUUCGAUACGGCCCGAGAUCCACCUCUCCGAGUACCGGCCAUCAAUGCGGAGGACAGCGGCUGUUUCAUCCUUGGUCCAGGUCAAAAUGGAAAUUUUGUGCUUGCAGAGAGUAUUGGACAUUGGGAUGCUAGAUGGGGCUGAUCUCAUUACAAAUUGUAGGUAGCCGAAUUCAUACAGAUGUUUGAUCGCAAUACAUGAUAUGAACGAUGUUGCAAGCGGAUGAAUCGAGAGCAUCAGGUCUAAUCUAUACGAAUCCGCUAAACAACGACUAUAAAAAGCACACGAUAGUAGAGCAAAUGACGCGGGUCAUUUACGGCCAUUGUAAUAGUGCAUAAGUAAUGGAUUAGCUGAGUGUAUGAAGCAGGAUAAAGAUUACGUGGAUUGUGCACGCUGGAAUGCCUUGAAAGUCAAAAUGAAGGAAAGGAAGAGGUUAUGAAUGAGGGGAUUGGGACGGUGUAUUGAUUUACAAG